UGUCCCUCUCUCUCUCAGACUCUGAGACACUGCUGCUGAUGAAGAAACCCCGCUGUUCUCUCCCUGACAUAAUUGGCACUGCGGAGCUGUUGAGGAGGAGGAAGAGAUAUGCUCUCAGCGGGGAAGUGUGGAGUCGCACCCAGCUCACCUGGAGGGUGGACAACUAUCCCGACAUCGCUCAGAGCCCCACUCUCCGUGCUGAUACGGUGAGGACUCUCAUGCAUUUGGCCCUGCAGGUCUGGGCCAAAGUCACGCCCCUGCAGUUCCGCGAGCUGACAGCUGGGGGCGCCAGCGAGGAGCCCGACAUCCACAUCACGUUCAGCAGCUCCUACCACCAGGACGGUUACCCGUUCGACGGCCCGGGGGGUACGCUGGCUCAUGCCUUCUUCCCCGGAGAGCACCCCGUCUCUGGGGACACGCACUUCGAUGACCAAGAGUCUUGGACUUACGCAGAUCCUCAGGGUACAGACCUGUUCACAGUGGCUAUCCAUGAGUUUGGUCACGCACUGGGUCUCUCACACUCCUCCUCUACCAACUCUAUCAUGGCGCCUUACUACCAGGGCCCCGUUGGGAGACCGGAGGAUUAUGUACUGCCCGGUGAUGACACCCAGGGCAUCCAGCAGCUCUAUGGUAGCUCUCUCACUCUCACUCUCCUUCACUCUCACACUCUCACACUCCUUCACUCUCUUACUCUCACUCUCUCACUAUCUCUCCUCCACCAUGUGACCUCCUCCCUGAUCGACCUGCCCCGGGUAGCUCGCUCCCUGCUGAUUGGCCUGUCGCGGUCAGCCGACCCCCUGGCUGCUGAUUGGCCUGUCGCAGAUUGGCUGAGCCGGUACGGGUACCUUCCGCCGCCCGACCCGCGGACGGGGCAGCUGCAGACGAAAGAGGGGAUCGAGAAGGCUCUGAGGGUGAUGCAAAGAUUCGGCGGCAUCAAAGAGACAGGCCGACUGGGCGAUGCCUACUUUUUCAAGGAAAACCGGUACUGGGUACAGCAGAAAGGGGGGCUGAACCAAGAGGCAACCACUCCCAGAUCGGUGGCCGUGGAUUGGAUGAGAUGCGCCCCGCCCCCCUCGCCCAGCCAACCACCUGUCAGGUCUGAUCCCAAAGGGCGGGACUGCAUCUGCAACCUCGGCAACGGUGGGGUGGGGCUAACUCCCAAGGUGGUCUCUCACUGGCUGUUUCUGCUGCCCGUCUCCUUGCUCGCCCACCUCACUUCCUUUUUCUGCUACUGA